CAAACGCGGCUUGAUCACGGUUUCGCAGUACUUGAAGACGCGCAAGCUUCAUCUUCUUUACAACUUUCGAACAUCUCAAAUGGCAGAAGAAACAUUACCGUCAACUCUGCAAAAUGUUCUGGAUCAAAAGUCCUUGAAAUGGAUAUUCUGCGGUGGUAAGGGUGGUGUCGGGAAAACAACCACCUCGUGUUCGCUAGCCAUCCAACUCGCACAGUGCCGAGAAUCGGUGCUACUCAUCUCCACCGACCCAGCACAUAAUCUGUCGGAUGCUUUCGGACAGAAGUUCUCCAAAGACGCGACAAAGGUCAACGGAUUCGAUAACCUGUCCGCUAUGGAAAUCGAUCCUACAAGUGCAAUCCAGGAGAUGGUCGAGCAAUCCGACUCAAAUGGCAUGAUGGGCUCGAUGAUGCAAGAUCUUGCAUUCGCUAUUCCUGGUGUUGACGAGGCAAUGAGUUUUGCCGAGAUCAUGAAACACGUCAAGUCGAUGGAAUAUUCAGUCAUCGUGUUUGAUACCGCACCGACAGGUCAUACCCUGCGUUUCCUUUCGUUUCCCACUGUACUGGAGAAGGCCCUGGGCAAACUCAGCACGCUCAGUGGUCAAUUUGGACCCAUGAUCAGACAAAUGUCAAGUAUGAUGGGCGGUCAGCAGGAUUCUCAGGAGGAUAUGUUUGCAAAGCUAGAGUCUAUGCGCGCUGUGAUUAACGAAGUCAACACACAAUUCAAGGACCCUGAAAAGACCACUUUCGUUUGUGUUUGCAUCUCCGAGUUCCUGUCCCUGUACGAGACGGAGCGUCUCGUUCAGGAACUGACGGCUUACGAGAUCGACACGCAUAACAUCGUCGUCAACCAGCUGCUCUUCCCUAAGACAUCAUCUAACUGCGAGCAUUGCCAAGUACGAAGAAAGAUGCAACAAAAGUAUCUUGCCGAGGCCCAUGAACUCUACGACGAGUUCUUCCACAUCGUUCAGCUACCAUUACUGACGGAAGAAGUUCGUGGUCCAGAGAAGUUGAAGGAGUUUAGCAAGAUGCUGGUAGAGCCAUAUGUUCCUAACGUUGACUGAUGAGCUGAGGGUGGUUGACCGGUAAUUCAUGGAGCAGCACGUAUAAUACAUUUUACUUUUCGGACACUGAGGUGCUUUAUACCUGUGAUCCAAUGGCAAGCAUUCUGAUAUCACUGGUACACGUUAAUAUUAUGCCGGGGUUUCCCUUC